UGGCUUCUCUAUUGCUCUUACGAUCGAUGCUCUGUUGCUAUCUACAUUUUAGGUUAUGAAUGGUUUUGUCAUGCUCUUGACUUAUGACGUUCAAUUACAUUUCAAUUAAUUUUAUAAGAUUCCAUCUUUAAAUAAUAUUUGUUACAACUAAGGUUACUAGUUCAUCAUGAUUUAUCACCAUUAGCAUAUUAUUAAAAUUAUUUAAAGUAAAGUGAUUUACUUUAGAAGUUAUUGCUUUGUAAAAAUCUAUGUUUGUUUUUGACACCUCGUGCGAAUAGUUAUUAUUUACUCACAAAAAUGGAAGAUAAUGACAGUGAUCAAAAGGGUAUUCAAUUUCAUGAGAUGGGAUUGGAUGAUAGAAUUCUCAAGGGAAUCGCAAAACUGGGAUGGCUCAGCCCAACAUUAAUUCAAGAGAAAGCUAUUCCUUUAUUUUUAGAAGGCAAAGACGUUUUAAUGAGAGCUCGAACAGGUACUGGAAAGACUGGGGCUUUCGCGAUACCUGUUAUACAGAAAAUACUAUCUAAGAAACAGUUUGAUCGAGAACAAGCCAUCAAAACUCUAGUAUUGGCUCCCACCAAAGAACUGUGUUGUCAGAUACAUAAAAACUUCCUGGAAUUGACCACAAAGUGCUCGAGAGAAGUUCGAUGUGUUGAUAUAUCGGCACAGGUCGAUAUCUCAGCGCAAAAACCACUAUUGAUUGAACAACCUGACAUAGUAAUCGCAACCCCGGCAAGGGCACUAGCCCAUUUGAAUGCCAAGACGUUUUCGUUGAAGAAAACGUUGGAAACGUUGAUUAUUGACGAAGCCGACCUGAUAUUCUCGUUUGGCUACGAGGAUGACGUCAAAGAAGUACUUAAACACUUGCCGAAAAUCUACCAGGCGGCGUUGGCCAGUGCAACGCUAUCGGACGAGGUGGUCUCGUUGAAGAAGAUGGUCCUGCACAAUGCGGCCAUCUUGAAGCUGCAGGAGCCCGAGAUGGCGCCGGUGAGCCAGCUGGAGCACUACACGCUGCACGCCGAGGAGAACGACAAGGCUGCCAUACUCUAUGCCUUGCUCAAGCUGCAACUGGUGCGCGGCAAAACUAUCAUUUUCGUCAACACCGUCGACAGGUGUUACAAGUUAAAGCUAUUUCUGGAACAGUUUGGUAUCGCGACUUGCGUGUUGAACUCGGAACUGCCGGCUAGCAUCAGGUGUCACUCAGUGGCACAAUUUAAUCGCGGCACUUACAACAUCAUCAUCGCAUCUGACGAGAAGGCGCUCGAAGAUCCUGGUCCGCAGUCGGCCUAUCAACCCAAGAGCAAGAAGAGGAGAAAGGACAAAGAAUCUGGAGUGUCAAGAGGAAUAGAUUUCCAGUGUGUGUCAAAUGUGAUCAAUUUCGACUUUCCGGCUGACGCUGCUUCAUAUGUGCACAGAGCUGGAAGAACCGCUAGAGGAACGAAUAAGGGAACAGCAUUGUCGUUCAUUAGUGUGAGAGAAGUGCCACUGAAGGAGGAGGUUGAGGAAUCGUUGAAAGGUUCCCUAUCGGAAGAUAGUUUAUUCAAAACUUACAACUUCAAGAUCGAAGAGAUCGAGGGUUUCCGUUACAGGGCGAAGGACGCAUGGCGGGCUGUGACAAGGAUAGCUGUGCGAGAAGCGCGCUUGAAAGAAAUCAAACAGGAAAUAUUGAAUAGCGAAAAACUAAAGGGUUUCUUUGAAGAGAAUCCGAAUGACCUGAUGCGACUGAGACACGACAAAGCUCUGCAUACAGUGAAACUGCAAUCGCAUCUAGCUGAUGUGCCAACCUACCUGAUUCCCGAACCGUUGAGAGAUGUAAUCGAUAUACCCAAACCGAAAUUGCAGCAUCCUUACAAACCCAAGAAGAGCCGGUUCCAGAAGAAGUGGGUGGCUAAGAAAAACAAUCCACUUUUCAAUAUGGAAUUUUCUGGAUUUGGAAAUGAGACUAAGGAUGAUGGCAAUGAUGAUAAUUGACAAAAUGUUAUAAAAUGUUGUUUUUAAGAAACA